AUGUCAGAGCUGAGCCAAAAUCGCUUAACACCACUAGCCACGGCCCAGACCACAGAAAUAACCAGAACAACUGUCAAAGACACAAGAUCUUAUGUGCAUUUCAUUGCUGGAGGUGUAGGUGGUAUGGUUGGUGCCAUUUGUACUUCUCCUCUUGAUGUAGUAAAGACACGUUUGCAGACUACAUUCUACCAACAAGCAAAAGCAAAUGUUCCCACAGCAUUUAACAAGUCCAAUUUUGUCCUCCAUCAUUUUAUAGAAACGUCCAGACUUCUAGUGCGUAUCAAACAGGUCGAAGGUGUACGUGGAUAUUUUAAAGGUCUUGGACCUAAUUUGGUUGGAGUAAUUCCAGCAAGAUCAAUUAAUUUUUAUACAUACGGAAACGGAAAGAAAUUUUAUACCGAACUUAAUAAUGGAAAGGAAACACCAAUUGUUCAUCUGGUAUCUGCAGCAACAGCUGGUCUUGUCACUGCAACUGCUACAAAUCCGAUUUGGGUUAUAAAAACACGACUUCAGUUACAGGGUAACGGAACAAGGAAAUAUACAAGUAGUUUCAAUUGUGCUGCAAACAUUUUACGGGGUGAAGGCAUCCGAGGAUUCUACAAAGGAAUGAGCGCUUCUUAUUUAGGUGUGGCAGAAGGAACGAUCCAAUGGGUGAUAUAUGAGCACUUGAAGCAGAAAUGGGCCACACCAAAAAAAAUUAAAACAACACAACUUGAUUUGCUGAAACCUGCAAAUAGAUUAAUAGAUUGGGCAGGCCAUCUGGGCGCAGCAGCAGUAUCAAAACUGAUAGCAGCGUGUGUAGCUUAUCCACAUGAAGUUAUUCGUACACGUCUUAGACAACCAGCAGAAAAUGGCAUACACAAGUACACCGGCCUUUGGCAAUGUUUAAGGCUGAUAGUCAAGGAAGAAGGCAUGGUGGCAUUGUACGGAGGCAUGACAGCUCAUUUGAUGCGAGUAGUACCAAAUGCUGCAAUCAUGUUUUUCUGCUAUGAAGCUAUUAUACACAACUUUGGAGACAGCUCUUCUAAACCAAAGGCCUAA